AGGGAUACAACACGCGUCUCCGGUUUAAUCUUAGUUUUUCGCCAAUUUCACGGGUUUUCUUUAUUAAUUACAUUUCCUAAAUGUAUCAUGUGAUGUUUUAUGUUUUCUCCGACUGACGCGAGUGAUUUUCGUCGCAAAAUUUCAAGAAAUUCCUAAUAAUUAUUGUUGCGAACGUUUUUUAGGUUAGAAAUAUUGUUUUGGCAGCCGUUGCCGGCGAGCCGGAAUUCAUCGAAGUGAUCGAGAAUAUUACGGUGGCGGCCGGCAGGAACGUGAAAUUCGCCUGUUCCGUCAAGAACUUGGGAACGUACAAGGUGGCUUGGAUGCAUUUUGAGCAAUCAGCAAUACUGACAGUACACAAUCACGUAAUUACAAGGAACCCUCGUAUUAGUGUGACCCACGAUAAGCACCGAACAUGGUUCUUACAUAUUAGCAACGUACAGGAAGAGGAUAAAGGACGGUACAUGUGUCAAAUCAAUACAGUCACGGCUAAAACGCAAUUUGGAUACCUGCAUGUAGUUGUGCCGCCAAAUAUAGACGAUUCUCUGAGCAGUAGCGAUGUAAUUGUUAGGGAAGGCGCCAAUGAAACUUUGACCUGCAAAGCUACCGGAUUUCCGCAGCCCAGCGUCAAAUGGAAGAGAGACGACAACUCCAAAAUUACCAUCAAUAAGACCCUUACAGUUACUGAUUGGGAAGGCGAAACGUUGGAGCUCACGAGGAUUUCCAGAUUAGAUAUGGGGGCAUAUUUGUGCAUCGCCAGCAACGGGGUGCCACCAACAGUCAGCAAGAGGAUUAAAGUCAGCGUAGACUUUCCUCCGAUGCUCUGGAUUCCGCAUCAGCUGGUCGGCGCCCCCCUCGCUUACUCCGUAACAUUGGAGUGCUUCACCGAGGCGCAUCCGAGUUCCUUGAACUACUGGACCCGAGAAGACGGCCAAAUGAUCCAUGAGAGCAGGAAAUAUCACGCGGAAAACAUAAUCGGGACUCCGGCAUACAAGACCCACAUGCGUUUAACCAUAAACAACAUCCACCAAAACGACUACGGGACGUAUAAAUGCGUCGCGAAGAAUCCAAGGGGUGAGACAGACGGCACAAUUCGACUUUAUACCUCAUCACCGCCGACAACGUCUCCAAAGCCGACGACGACCGAGACGCCGAGCCGUAUCAAGGACAUAUGGCCCAACGGGGAUCUCAACAAUUCGGUGUAUGGAAAUCCAUCCUCACUUACUAUUCAUCUAGCUGAAAAAGGUUCCAAAUAUCAAUCAAAUCUGAAUGAAAUCGACAAGUCCGAACAGAAAUCGAACACCGACUCGGACAGCAAGGGUGGCAUGUUCAGCGAGACCGCACCGAGUUCUGGAAACAAAAUCGGUGUUCCUAUGAGGGCAUCGAUAUGGUUCUCGAUGAUCGUUCUAUACAGGGCAUUCCGGUGAACUACUCACUUAUGUUAAGAAUGAUUUUUUUAGUAGAGAUAGAGAAAACGGCAAGUUCAGGUAUUAAAUUGACAAGGACGCUUAAAUCUUAAAGCAUAAGUGUACAACAAUGUUUAUAUGUAAUCUAAUUUUAAAAUAAAGACUGAAAUCGGCUAGUACAGAAUAGUUUAUGAAAAUAUAGUCGUACUAUAACUAUACUACUUAUGUAUACCGCAUACUUAUUGUGGUUGGAACAUGUAAUUCUAUUUAUUUCUGUGUAGAAUUGCCAACGAUAGUUUACCACUUGGUUUGCUUUUGUACGUGUGCCAUGUUUUUAAUUCGAUAAGUGAAAUUACAAAGAAAAUGUUUUCCUAUUUUAUCGACAGAUUAUAUUUUUAUAAUUGUUUAUUAUUGAAUAAUGUAAAUCGUUCUAUUACUGUAGACAAUCUGUUUAAAGAAAUUAACGUACGAGUAUCAUAAUCAAAAGUCUUUUCCAGUCAACCAACCCAACUGGGUGAAAGUCCAUUUAAGAAAAUCAAAAUACCAACCUAGCUAAACAUUUGCCACGUAAAUUUAGAAAUCCUGUCAGUUUACUAACCGCAAAACUCGACGAACCAGGCAAUUUUUGAAAGAACAUUUUCAAUCUGGCUCACAACCUUGUCCCGUUUUGUUAAUUGCACGUAAAAAAUGAUGUAUGGGACUUCCAUCAUUUCGGUUUUAUCACUUAAUCAAUAACCGUGUGAUACAUUGCGCUCCUAAGUGCAUACACGAUACAUAUUUUGUAGUGCCUUAAUUUCUUUAAGCAGUGUAAUCUUUAUUGCCAAAUUAUUAGACAAUCGCACCUUGCUGCAGCAAUAUUCCAUUUAUUUUACCGUUUAUUUUCACUCACGAGAGACGUACGUUGGCCGCAGCAAUUUAAUAAUUGGACCGUGUGCAGUUUCAAUACGUUUGUUGUUCCUAUUUAUGCCGGUUGUUGCAUGAAUAUUGGUUUAUUUUGGAUGACACGAACAUAGGUGGUCUGUUGUCUGGUAGUUGGUUUUUGUCGUGGAGCUCAAAAUUUCAUUCAGGUAACAGUUUUUGAAAUGUGGUGCUUAUUGUCGGGUUUUAUUCAGUGAUUUACACACCCCUUCCCCGUUAUUUUAUGUGUUAGGUGCCUGAAAAAGUAAAUUACGUUUUUGACGUUUAACUUUAAAAUAACAAUCUGGGACUGGACCUCAGUUUUGUCCUCUUCUUCAUAAUUAAACCUGUUAGUACGCAAUAAAUGAAAAUAAAUUGGACUACAUUAUGAAGGGCCAUGGAGAGAUAGCUGGACCUUAUGAUGGAUGAGAUAGAACAUCCAAUUUAAUAUUUUGAAGCUUCCUUUGAAUCUCUAAAGCAACAUGUGGUCUCCUCUUCAGAAUUAAACUUGUUAGUAUGCAAUAAAUUAAAAUCAAUUAGGCUAUAUCAUGGAUAGACAUGGAGAAAUGUCUGGACUAUAUGAUAGAUGAGGUAGAAUGUCCAGUUUAUCUUAGAGUCCCUAAAGCAACA